GUAAUAUUUUAGUUCUUAAUAUUGCAUCAGUUAGUCAAAUUUUAGAAGAUUUAGAAAAACAAAUCCUAAAGUUAGAAAAUGAAUUUGAUGAGUAUUUAGAAUUGGAAAGGUUUUGUUUAGAAGACAUCCAUGGGGAUAAUGAGAAUAUGAAUAAGCAAAUAAUGCUCUUUAAACUUGUUGACUUCCACAAAAAAAAAGGCCAUAGACUUUCUUACAGAACAUUAAAUGAGUCUCCGAUGGAAACGGCUCUGAAUUAUAUA